UUAAGUUCUUUUUCUUUUUUCUUCUUUUCUUUUUUCCUUUUUCUUUCAAAGUAAUGGUAUAUUUAAGUGCACAAAUGUACCGUAAGAGUUAAAUGUGUUUUCUUUUUUUCUUUUUUCCUCUAUUUUUUUUUAAUUUUCGAUUAUUUAUUUAACAAGCUACAAUUUGAUUAUGAAUAUAAUAAUUACUUACUUACCUACUUACUUAUUUAUUUACGCCUGUUACUCUCAAUAGAGCAUAGGUCACUGAUCAGUUAACCAUUAGAAACAGAUAUAAUAAUAAUAGUAAUAAUAAUAAUACUAAUGAACGGACUAUUAAGAUUAAUUCGAAUCAUCAAAUUGUAUUACAUAGUUGUAUGUUAUCAACUAAUUGAAUUAAAUCAUAUUGUUGAAAAUUUAUUUCUACCUUCUUCUAUGUCAUCAUCUUCAUUUAUUAUUUAUAAUCUUUCUGGUAUACCUGGACAAGGAUAUUAUAUGACAGUUUAUAUUGGUAAACCAAAUCAAAAAAUACAAUUACUUGUUGAUACUGGUAGUAGUAACUUAGCAAUUGCUGGUAGAAAUUUAACAAAUGUUGACAAUUGGUUCGAAUCUACGAAGUCAUCUACAUUAAGAUGUAGUGACCAUUUAAUUCAACAUGUACAUUAUUUGAAAGGUUAUUGGUCUGGUAUUUAUUGUCAAGAUGAAUUUGAUUUUACAAGUAGACAAGAUACAACAAUGAUCAAUCGUUAUCCAAUGAAUAAUAAUAAUAAUAAAAUUCAUAUGUCAUUUAGUUUAAUUUUUAAUUCAACUAAAGUAUUUCUAUCACAUACUAAUAUUACAUGGUAUGGAAUUAUUGGAUUAGGAUUUAAUUCAAUUUAUAUUAAACCAAAAUCAAUAAAACAUCAUAAUAAUAAUCAAAUCAAUUUAUUGAUUGAUUGGAAAAAUCAAUUCAUGAAUCAAAUUAUAAAUAAUAAAAAUCAAUUCACUUAUUUAGAUCAAUUAAAUUCUAUAUGGAAAAUUCAUAAACAAUUUGGAUUAUUAUUAUGUGGAACUACCAUGUUCAACGAUCCAGAUAUGAAUUCACGAAAGAUGUCAGGCAAACUAAUCAUUGGUCGAACAGAUGUAAAUCUCCUCUGGCCGUCUACUUAUAUUACUAGUAAUAUGUCAUCACCGAGAAUUCCAAGCUUUAACCCAUCAAGAGUUUAUUACACACCUAUUCGAAAAGCAUGGUAUUAUGAAAUAAUUCUGACCAAUCUUUUGAUUAAUGAAUACAGUAUAGUAGACAAUUGUAAAGAGUUAAAUUUAUAUAAAACAAUCAUUGAUAGUGGAACAACAAAUAUUUAUUUACCAAUGAAAAUUUUUCAACAAUUCAUUAAUAUUCUAUUCAAGAAAUAUAUAAUCACUAAUAAAAAUUAUAUAAAUAUAAUGAAUAAGAAAUUAUUUUGGCUUGGUAAAAAUGCUUAUUGUUUACCUAUCCAUAAUAAUAACAAUCAUAAUCAUAAUAGUAACCAUAAUAAUAAUAAUGAAAUAUUAAAAAAAUUUUAUCGAUUAUUUCCAAUGAUUGAAUUUCAAUUAAUAUCAAGUAUAAAUAUAAAUAAUCAAAUAGUAUCUUUACUACUAUCACCUCAGCAAUAUGUUAGGUAUCUUGGUCGAAUAAACCAAAAUAACCAAAGUAGAGAUUGUUUUGCUUUUGCUAUACAACCAACUCAUAGAAAUACAAUAUUGGGUUCAGUAUUUCUCGAAGCAUACUAUACUAUAUUUGAUCAAGAAAAUAUGCGGAUUGGAUUUACUAAUUCCCCAUGCAAUUCAUAUACAAAUAAUCCAAGUCAAUCUAUAUCUAAAGUGAAUGGAUUAAAACAAUGGAAUACAACAUAUAAAUUUAUUUUAUUCACAAAAACUUAUCAUAAAUCUAUCAAUAUUCAUAAUUAUUUAUCACCAUUAGAUUGUGCUGUUUAUAGACCAACAAAAUCUAUACAAUUAUUAUAUUUCAAAAAAUUAUAUUCUAGAAUAUUUUGGUUAUCUUCAUUAAUCAAUUUUUUCUUAAUUCCUUUAUUUAUUUUAUUAAAAGUCAAAUAUAUUUAUUAAACUAUGCUAUGAACUACUUAUAUACUUAUUAUCUACAUAAGUAGUAUAUAGUGAUAGUUAGGAAUAGAAUGUAUUUCAGUAGAAUAUUGAAAAAGGAAAGAAUGAGAACGGAAUUGUUAUGACAAAUACAGAAACAAUGAAAUAUGAGAUGAUAAACUGAUAUCAGUGAAAGGAAUAAUCAAGUUUGAGAAAAUUGAUUGAUGUUUUGCAAAUGAAGUAUUUACUGCAUGAUUCUCAGAUUUGAGUAUGAUGUUCUGUAAUUUUAUGUUCGGACAUACUGGAUUGUCGUCACUCGUGUUCUUAUUCACUAAAAAGCUACUAAUUUACAUUAUAUUUGAUAUUAUGUAAAUAUUUUGUUUUGUUUUUUCAUCUAUUGGUCAUUAUUAUUAUUAUAUUUUUGGUAUAAUAUAGAACCCUCAGCACAAAGUAUUUCAACAAGUUUCCGUUUCUUAUUUCUUAAUCGAUCCUUGUGAUCAGUAUUGAAUGGUUGCCAGUUAGAUAUCAGUAGUUCAGGAAUUGACAUCUGAAUAAUGUACAUUCAUUUCGAUGGAUAUAACCAACAACCACAAUGUCUCUGAUUAGUUACUUUUGUAAGUUGUACAGUGAAAAGUUGUGAACUUUUCACAAACGCACCUAAAUAUAUUGUACAAUCAAUUGACAUAAUGAUAUAUUGAAGUAAACAAAAGAAAAAUAAUUUGUUGAAAUAUUGGAAUGACAGAAACAGGUAGCCCACAUAUUCAAGUAGAUCGCCUUUAUUUUGGAUCAAUUAACUCUUCAACACAAUAAAACUAUUACUACUAUUAAUGUCACUUUCAUUAUAUUAAUCUGGUCAGGAUUCAAAUGUUACUGUUAUUUGUAAUUAGUAUUUAAACAGUAUGUAUUCCGCGAAAACAUUUUAAAUAUAUUUUUCUAAUAACUAUUAACUAAUUCACUUGG